GCUUCCUCUCCGACGUUGAGCGCUCCUAUAAGCCGAGACGCGUUUUCGCGCUUUUGCCAGUUGAAGACCUGUAUCUGAAACUUCCGCGACCUAAACUCCGCUCUGAUUUGACGAUGACUGACGAGGUCAACCCCAAAGCCUACCCAUUGGCAGACCCAGAGCUAUCCUCCAAAAUCCUUAACCUCGUGCAGCAGGCCACGAACUACAAACAAAUGCGUAAGGGUGCCAACGAGGCUACGAAAACUCUAAACAGAGGUAUUUCGGAGAUGAUCAUCAUGGCUGCAGAUGCGACACCCAUUGAAAUUCUCCUCCAUCUCCCGCUGCUCUGCGAAGAUAAGAACGUUCCGUACGUCUUCGUUUCAUCGAAAACAGCUCUCGGCAGAGCUUGCGGCGUGUCUCGAGCGGUCAUUGCUGCUUCGAUCACCUCGAACGAAGGAUCUCAGCUGAAGCCGCAAGUCGAAGGCCUAAGAAAUGAAAUCGAGAAGCUUCUUGUUUAGGCUCUGCGUCACCAGCUGACGGCUGCAGUUGUGCGACCAUUUUUUUCAAAUCCGUUAAAAAUAUACAGUCUCAGGCUUCUCGCUCUGGCUUGGAGCGGAAAAUGUGGGCGAUCUUGAAUACAUAGGUGUGACU